AUGCAGGCUGCCAUCCUGCAGAUGCAAGGGGAGUAUGAAAAGCUCAACUCUGUCACGGGGAGCCUUCUGGAUGACAGUCGCCAGCAGCGGAAAGAUAUCGAGGGUCUGUUCCAGUCCUUGGAGAGGCUGGAGAAGGAGAAGGCAGACAAGGAGGACCUGGAGCUCGGAAUGGAUGAGAAAGCAGACAAAGACGCCUUGGAAAGCAAAGUCAGCCGCGCCCAAUUUGAGGCGAGCCUGGAGCUGCUGAAGGAGAGAAACCAGGAGGUGCUGAGCCGGCUGACAGGCCAGGAGCAGGGGCUGCACGAGGUCCAGCAGCAGCUGCGGGAGGAGAUGGCCUCCAAGCUGGAUCGCCUGGAGCUGGGGCUGUUCCAGCAGCAGCUGGAUGAACACUGGAAGAGCAGCCUCAAGCAGCUCAAGGAAAGGGCACCACCAAUGGAAGCUGACGAUGCAGCUGGGAUUAGGAAGCAGCUGCUGGUGGAUUUCCAGUGCCUGUCUUGUGACAAGCAACUCAACAUGCGGGUGCCUGGCUCUGAGUAG